CCCCACCACCCACAACCUACAACAACAAUGUACGCGCAACGACCGCUCCCCUACGCCCCGACGCCGUACAGCUACACGCCGACGUCGUCGCUCACCGCGACCAUCAACCUGGACGAGGAAGUCAAGCUCUCAGCGAACAGCGCGGAGCGCGAACUCUACGAGUCGCUCGCGGAGCUGUACAGCAUCAUCACGACGCUGGACGCGCUCGAGAAGGCGUUCCUCAAGGACUCGGUGGGCGAGGCCGAGUACACGGAGACGUGCGCGCGGCUGCUCAAGCAGUACAAGUCGAACCUGGCGGACGAGGGCGUGCAGCGCGGGUUCGGGGAGCUGGAGGCGUUCAAGCGCGAGUGGGGGCUCGAGUGCCCGCGCGCGACCGAACGGCUCCGAGUCGGGAUCCCAGCGACAGUGGAGCAGCCGUCGCACCGCGCAUCGACGAAACAAGGCGGCGGGGGCAGGGGCGGGGGCGGCGAGGAGGGCAACAGCAACAGCAACAGCGGCAGCGGCGGUGCAGACGCGACGCUGGUCGUCUCGGCGACAGAGAACUUCAUCACGCUGCUGGACGCGAUCAAGAUGGGCCUGCUGACCAAGGACGUGCUGCACCCGCUGCUGGGCGACAUCAUCCAGUCGGUCAACCGCGUCACGAACCGCGAGUUUGAGAACAAGGGCAAGAUUGUGCAGUGGUUGAUUGCGCUGAACCAGAUGAAGGCGGUCGAUCAGCUGUCCGAGGACCAGGCCCGCGAGUUCCAUUUUGAUAUGGAUCAGGCGUAUUAUGGCUUUAAGGCCGUGUUGAAAUGAGGGGGGCGCACGCGCUGUUGAUGGAGAGUUUACUAUGCUAUGGUUGGUGGUGCUGUGCCUGGCUUGCCUACCUAGGUAUAUAGCCCUACCUACGGAAUAGCGGACGUCAUGCAGGGAUCGUCGGUUUCAGGCGCCUUGAGUGCGUCGGGAGGACGAUCGGAUUGACCAGGGCCAAGAACCUGGGAUCGCGGCUGGGAUAUGGAGACGUAGGGGCGUUUGAGGGCCCGGCAGGCAGCUCGUCGGACGUCGUGUCCGCCGCGAGCAAGAAGCCCCAAGCAAGCCGCGAUGAGUAGAAGCUGCUGGAUCUCGAGGAGUGUCAAGCUUUACGGCUCAUACAUACAUGGAGCAUGAGCUUGGUGCAGGACUGGCGGGCAAAAACCUACAUGAGCACUCAAGACAUGAACGAGC